UGUUUCCUCUGAUUUGUCAAGAGAGACAGUCUUGUCAUAAUAAAUUACAUUCUAGCUCUGAGGAGUUCAGCUAAGAAUUUUUUCUUCAGUAAGAGUAACUGGACUACUACAGAAUGACUACAGAAGUAAUAUUACAUUAUCGACCACAUGAGAGUGAUCCCACACAACUGCCAAAAAUUGCAGAAAAGGCAAUUCAGGACUUUCCUACUCGUCCACUAUCAAGAUUUAUUCCUUGGUUUCCACAUGAUGGAUCUAAGCUUCCACUCAAACCUAACAAAUCACCACCUGUGAUUUCUGGAGAGGCAGCUGAAGAUGUGAAACAGUACUUAACCCUUUCAGAACAUGAUGUUAAAUCACAGAGUUAUGAUUGCACAGUACACCUACUGGAGUUUCAACCUAGUUUGAAAAAGCAGCGCCUAAUCUGGUCACACACAGUGAAUGAACACACUAAUUCUGGAAAUCUGGAUAAGCAAUCAGAAAAAGGGAAACAGCACAACAGGAGGUCUUGGAGUGUUUCACUUCCUAGCAGUACUGGUACAGAAAAUGUUUUUCCUUUGUCUAAAAAGUUGCAAGAUAGUUUAAAGGCACUAAAUUUGCACUCACUUUGUAGAGCAAGAUGGACAAUAGAACACACGAUUUGUAACAACCAAACUCUGGAGGACAUUUGGGCAAAACUCAAUCAAAUUAUCAGGCACAAGGAACUUCCGUCUUGUAAUGCUACAAUUCAGAGACAUUUAGGCCAAAUCUGGGUGUUCUGUGAUGUUAAGUAUUGUGAAUAUGUGGGAAAUCUUCUUAAAGGAAGAUUAGCACUUACUGGAAAAAUUAAUUUAUUUGUGCAUAAAUACGGUGUUAUUUUUAGUAUGUAAUGAAUUCCACUGAUUGCCAAAAAGAAGAAUAUUCUGAAUGAACCGAGUGUAAACUAUAAUAAUGAGAUGAAGAAAUUUUUACUGGUUUUUAAAUUUUUAAUGACUUUAUUUUUUUAUUUGACCCUUUCUUAGUAUAGCCUAUUUAUUCUGACAUUGUAGAAAAAUAAUGUGUGGUAAUAUGUGUACAGUUUGUGUCCCAGAAAUGAAUAAGUAUCAGAUGAAUUCUUAGGCUUACCAAGUAAGUCAAGAACUUUCUGGAUUCUGCAUAUUAGCAGCCUUCUUUUAAAUGAAUUGUGUUAAAGUAUUGCUUAUAUUGAAUUUGAAGGUAAAAUGUUCUGUUCCUUUUGUUCUACUACUUUCUAGUGAUUGAAUUAGAUAGUCUUAUGAAUUAAGGUAAAUAGUUUGGAUUUUGGUGAAUCCCUAAAAUCUAAUUUUACUGUAUUUUUUCUUUACUUGCCUGAAGCAUAAUGAUUUCUUAAAAAAAUAAAACUCAGUGCAUUUCUAUCGGCAAUACUAUUCAAGUGACAUGAAUAUAGUUGAAAAUGGAAGACCACCCCAGAUUUUUAAUGCUUUUUCCAAAGAUAUGUAAUAAAUAACAGUUGAUGUGUUGUUUUGAAACAAAAGCACAAAAAGUAUAAUUUGCCUAAGACCAUAAUGUAUCUUUAAGGCUAUAAUUUGUUUUGAAGGAAAGUUUCAAAUAUGGAUAAGAGAUCAAGUUAUUCUCUGUUGUAAUACAGUCUUAAUGAUUGUUAAUGCUAAUUAUUGCUUGGCUGAUUAUUGGAGUCAUUGUAAGCUUCUCAUAAGCAUAAGUUAUAAAUUGGGUUUACACAUUACACA